AUGGAUGCGCCUCCGGAGCCACCGGAGCCGGAAGGUGUGGAUUUGGAAGUGAGGCCAUCCCUCCUAGGAGAGGAUGCGGGAAAUGGCUUGUUUGUGAAGCAGGCGGUGCUGCCUGGGCAGGUGCUCUGUGAGUAUCACGGGAGACUGCUGAGCACCGCUGAGGCGAUGCGCUUGGAGAACAAGUCCUAUCUCAUGCGUAUUGGUCCACAGGAGUAUAUCGACGCCCGUGAGGAUGAGUCAGUGCUGGCCCGCUUUAUCAACGACUGUCGGAACCCUGCUGCUUCACGUCGGUGGACUAAAAUGUUUAGAAUAUUCCAAGGUGUACAACGUGCGGUUUGA